GCUCACCACCACCAUGCUACGUCCUGCUGCUGUCAGUGCAGCAGCUGCUGCGUCUGUGUGGCUGCUGGCAGUGCUAGGCCCAGUCCUGUCUCUUCCAGAUGGGGACAACUCAGAGGCAGACUUCAGCCUCUGCAGCCACUGCUUCUACAGACAGACGCCUCCUCAGGGACCUCUGCAGGGCCGCUGCUGCGCCCACUCUGCCACAGACUGCCGGGGGGACAAACGUUUGCCACUCUGUCCAAACCGACCUGUGACACAGCUGUCUACUCUGCCUUCCAUCUCAGCCAUGAAGGGGCAGAGGGAGAGGGUGGGGGAGAGGCUGUGGAAGAAGAUGACAACACAGAUGUCGCAGUACCAGCCCUUCUCAAAAGAGGCGGGGAUCUCUCUGAUCCUGUCUCACCCACUGACUCCCCGCUUCAACACUGGGACUCAGCAGUCACAACAGUGGUCCAGACAAGCCUAACUCCACAGUGCAGCGCUUUAGGGGGAAAUCUCUACAUCCUGACUGGGGCGGGAGGUCUCAGGGCUGCUGAGGAUGGAGGCGAGGACUGUCAGACUCAGCCGCUCUGGUUGGCAGUGUGCUGUGCUGUCCCCGAGGGGAAGAGUGGCUUCAGUGUGGGGCUAAUCAGAGAGACAGAGGAAGGGGAGAAGCACGUGAGUGUGAAGGAGCUGGAGGAGAUCCUGGGGGUGGGAGAGCUGUUCUCAGAGAGCUGUGGAGGAGCAGAUGGGGAGUCUGUUGACAUCACAGCAGGCCUUCACAGUGAGGAGCUUGUUACAAAUAUAGGAGAUGUAAAUAUAGAAGAUGCUGAUCCUGCUGAUGAAGCUGAUGAAGCUGAUCCUGCUGAUGAAGCUGAAGAAGCUGAUGAAGCUGAUCCUGCUGAUGAAGCUGAUGAAGCUGAUCCUGCUGAUGAAGCUGAUGAAGCUGAUCCUGCUGAUGAAGCUGAUGAAGCUGAAGAUGUAGUGUCAAACACUGCUGGACAAGCCACUGAAGAAGAGGAGGUCAGUUCAGAUACAACCAGCCAAGACUUAAAUGAACACACUGAGGAAAGCAGAGAGGCACAGAGCGCUGAAGAAAAGGCGUCUGCUGUUGAUGCUCAGCCAGAGGAAGCUGAUGUUGCUGAUGUCACACAAGAAACGUCAGAUCAUUCUGAAACUGAGAGUAGCAACGAUGAGCAGCAGGACGUCACACUCUCAGAAAGUGCUGGAUCAGAGUCUCCCGAGUCGCCAGCUGAUCCUGAAACUGUGGAUGAACAACAGACAGACACAAAUUCCAGCAGCACACUAGUCUACCUCCUUUCCUCCGCCAUGUCCAUUAUCAAAGCUCCACUGCGGCCGGUGUUCUCAACCAUCACACAGUUACCUGGACAGGUGACGUAUGUUCUUCAGGAAGACCUUGGAGUUCUAACCGCCCUGCCUGGAGAGACUUAUUCCUUUUUCCACCUCUUGACGUCUGAUCUUUUAUCCUGGCUGGGCUCAGCUGCAGACCUGCUACUUGGCAUUGGAGAAACCUGUCUAUCCAAUACCUACUUCUGCACCUCCUCUAUGUUUGGGGCCUUGUUUGACAGCUGUCACACAGGGGUCACUGGAAUCGGGACUCUGGCUGGAGACACAGUGGGGAUUUUUGGCGGUGCGCUGGAUAAUGUGUGGUGGGUGACCAAGUUUUUUGGAGGGCGGCUGUGGGAGCAGAGUGAGGGGUAUGUAGGCACAGUUGUGUCAGAGAUGGGGGGUCAGGCCAAAGCUGUAGGUGGAGGGGUUGGGAGGCUGGCUUGGAGAAGUGGGAAUGGGGUGGGUAAAGUGUUUAGUAUGGGAGGGGGAAUAAUAAUGGGGAUAGUUGAUAUGAUCAUUGGUGCGGUGAGAGGAGCUUUUGGAGAGGAGUCUGAGUGAUAAGUGGAGGAAAGUUCAAACUUCUCUUGAUGCCGUUAGCAGCAAACUUUCCAAAGUGUAUCUGAAGGUUUGGUUUGUAAAUGUCUCAAGCACAUAAAUGAGUGUGGAAAAAGGGCAACCUUUUUCAAUCAGAUGUCAUGUGAUAUGCCUUAGCUGUUUCGAAGGAUUCAAUGAAUACAUAUUUUUACACUGUAGGUCUUACACAUCACUGUUGCUGGCUUUCCAAUAAUCUCCUGUAUUUAAGAGCUGGGAUGUCAAAGAGCUGUCCCAAACUGUGAUUUGAAAAACACUGUGCACAAAGCUUUUGGAUGUAAUUAUUCAAUAUAUAAUUCUUGUUUGAUCAAUGUUGAUUAAUGUUUGCUAAAAUGUUCAUUUGAAUAAAAGAAAUGGUUGGCUUA